AUGCCUGAAAUAGAUUCAUGUACUGAUGAAACAUGUGAUGAUGAACUUAAAGAAUUAUAUGAAUGUCAUUGUUGUUUACGUUUUGUUUGUUUAUAUCAUUUGAAUAGACAUGUUGAGUUAACAAAACAAAAUAAACGACAAACAGAUAAUCUUCAUAAUGAAUUAAAAACAAUUAUAAAUACAUUACAAUUAAGUAUUGAUGAAAAAUUAUCAACGAUUAAAUAUGAACAAAAUUUAAUUGAACAAGCAAAACAAAUUCUUGAUGUAUCCAAUAGUUCAAUAGAUGAAUUAGAAGAUAUUUUCGAAAAAAUAAUACAAAUAAUAGCAUUAAAUCGUUCAGAAAUCGUAGUGAAAGUCGAACCAUUAUCAUUAGAAACCAUAUAUCGUUCUUCUAUUUGUAAACCUAAUAAAGAAAAUAUAAAUUCAAAUGAUGUAGCAGAAGAAUCGGAAAUCUCAAAAGAUAAUGAAUAUUCAAUGGAAAUUAAUCAUGAUUUUGUUGAGACUAUUACACUUGAUGAUACAGAAGAAUCUAUUCAGGAUGAGCAUGUAAAUGAAAAAACGAAGAAACGUAAGGGAACACCAUGCAGAAAUAUUUAUGCUGAAUGUCCAUUAACAUUUGAUGGUGCAUAUGGUCUUACGAAAGCAAAUCAUUCUAUUAAAUUUUGUGAACAUAGAACAACUCGUCGAAUUGAAUUAUAUUUUCACUUUAUUUAUACACAUCAAUUGAAAAAAGUUUAUGCUGAACGUUUGAUACGAGCGAUUGACGAUCAUAAAGAUUCUAUUAUAACAAAAUUAUUUGAUGAAAAUGAAGAUGUAAUUAAUCAUUCUUAUAAAGUUCCAUGUCCUUUUUUUCAUGGACAAGUUAAUUCAUUAAAAUAUAAUGGAAAAAAUAUUACUAUUCCACCAUGUCAACGUCAUUUUGUUACAUUUCAUACAUUAGCAUAUCACUUACGACUUAGUCAUAAGAUUUCUAAGCCAUUGGCACGAAAAUUAGUUGAUGAUUUAAAAAAAAAAUUCAAUAGAAAAUGA